CUCACCUGGUCCUUGCCAGCCUCCUUUAAUAAUCUCUGGCUGCCGAAUACCUUGCUGCCGCCGCCGCCACUAACAUCCACAAGAUUCUCCCCGAUGUCCAAAUCCCUGUAGUUUAUAUGUAUGCUUCCCUUGGGGAUUUGGAAACAAAUGGUUAUGGAAAGACCGUCGAGCGAGGAAGUGCUUUCAGAUUGGGAGAGCGGGAUUUCAGGCCCUAACUCCACCGCCGCCGAGGCGACGGCGGAGAGGCGAAGUCCGGUGGGCUGCGGGGAGCUAACCGCGGUCGGCGAAGAUGAAAGGAUUCACCAGAUAAUCAGGGAGAAGCUUCUCGCAGGUGGAUCGAGGCGGUUGGGGCGAAUGAGCAUGACCAAGAAGGCGAAGGUUCAGGCAUUCGAGAUAUUCUCCAGUGACUCCAUUCCUCCGCCGGGGAGGAGAGAAUUGGUGGGACGCUUGGAUUUAGGAAGCCGACAUCACCAUGGAUUGAUUCCCUUUACGGCUCUGCUUUCUCCACUAGCAAAAUGCUUGCCUCUUUGCACCAUGAGAUUGAUGUUUGCAGACAAGUACAGGGAUCAUAGAGUGGGAAGCUACCAGACAUACGGAUUCUACAAAGGACCAACUGUCUUCGAUUUCGGACAUGGUCUAAGCUACACCAACUUCACACACACCAUUGUUUUCGGACCACCUGUAACCAUUCAUUUGUGCCCCAAAGAGAAUCACAGCUGCAAUGCCUUUGAGUGCGACCCCAUUGCGGUUCACGACUCUUCGUUCUAUUUGCACGUGAAGAUAAAGAAUGCUGGAGAACGAGUGGCGUCUCUGCUUGUUCAUUCUGCCACCUUGCGCACAUGUUUGGCCAAAAAAUUCAAAAAUGACAGUGGAUUUUCAAAAGAAUAUUUCACGCAGGAGAACUCUUCUAAUGUACCAAUUCUAGAAGAAUUGGCACACAACAGGAGGUUCCUGAACGCUGGGUUUCCGAAGUCGUGGGCCAUAAUCACGCCUAAAGAUGAGUAUGAGGUGCAAGCCAUAAUACUCUGUGCAAAGCGUCAUGGAAUCCAAAUUCGAAUUCGGAGCAGAGGGCACGAUUAUGAAGGUUUGCCCUACACAGAGAGGAGGGUAAAAAGUGGUAAUGAUUUCCUUCUUUUGGACCUGAAGUUGAUGAGAAAAGUAAGUGUAGAUGUGAAGGAGAAGAGUGUGUGGGUUGAGUAUGGAGCAACAAUAGGAGAAUUGUACUUUGCGAUAGCAAAGUCUAUCCGAACCCUUGGAUUCCCAGCUGGUGUUUCCCCCAUGUUGGAAUUGGCAAGCUACUGAGCGGGGGUGGGUACGGGGUGAUGUUAAGGAAGUAUGGUUUGGGGGUAGACAAGAUUGUUGACACCUGUUUGGUGGACCCCAACGGAAGAAUCCUCGACCACAAGUCGAUGGGAGAGGCUUAAUUCUGGGCAAUCCGAGGGGGAGGAAUGAAUAGCUUUGGGGUUG